CUGAGCUCAACGUGGCAGCAAAGAAAAAUAAAUAAACUCCUGAUGAUAAAUUUUGCAACCAUGAACGACAUUCUGAUUGAAGGAUUUUCUGUAAUGACUAUCCAUCAUCCAUGUAAGAAACAAACAGAAGAGUGUGCCUCUGAGGAGAUCAGUGCCUAUAAAAAGAGGCAGACAGUCAUGAGGUUCAGCCUGACGAUGGUAAGAGAGGAAGAUCCAGAAACAGGAGGCAACCAGGAAACACCACAUCCAAAAGCAGAGUGGGAAGAUCAGGACAUUGAGGAUAACUGUUUCUGUGAUGAAGACCUGCUUCUUGAAUCCAUAGAUGAUGAUCAUGGCUCCGACCCUGACAGUCCUUCAUGCCACAACUGUGAUGAGAAAGCUGAAAUAGCUCAAAAUUUUGCACUGAUUGGGCGACUGUAUAAAGAACUGUAUGAAGAAAAUAAUUUGUUCAUGAAGAGUCAUAAGGGCAAGUAUGUUGCACCGUUUUGUAAACAGAUAUGUGUGGAGGACACCAUGUCAGCAACAAUCACCAUCUACCACAUCACCAAAGACUUCAACAAAUCAAAAGUUUCCGUUGUGCUGAACUUCACAGGCACGGAUAACUUCUUUUCCUGCACCACUCAAGGUGAAAAAAAGAUUUUAACACUUACGAGAUUUGACAAAAACAAAUUGCACAGCAUUUCUCCAGAUGACACUGAAAAAUCAUGCCUUGUAUUCUACAUGUCUCGAUCUCCAAGCAGUCUCCGGCGCUUCGAAUCUGCACUCUACAGAGGGUGGUUUAUACAAAACGUAGACAGUGAUAAUGUGAAAAUGCAAAGAUGCAACAGUGAAACUGGCAAUGAUUCGAUCCACACCUUUUUUUCCGUUAUUAAAAGUUAGACCACAUAGUGAACUGAACAGUCACUCCUAUCUCCUUAUAAUGACUAUAAGCUUAUAACUACAAGCUAAGACUAGUAUAAUAAGUGUAAGGAUGUUGUUUAUUAUCAUUAUUUGUAUUAUUAGCAGUUAUGAUGAUGUUUUAAACUGUCAAUACUUUGGAAAAUUAAGAUAUAUGUUCUCAGCAUAGUUAAUCCUCAAAUACAUCUUGAAAGAAAAAAGUAAUUAACUUUUGUAGACUGUUCAGAUGAGUUAAAUUGUAAACUGUUAAAAAGCAUUGUUUGAUUGUUACUAAUCACAGAUCAUAGAUGUGUUUUAUUUUUAUUUUUUCAUUUUUAUUAUUAAAGGUUAAAAAUGUUCACGUUACUGCCAUUGCAAUAGUAGAUGUGUACUGUGUUACUUAAAGCUGACAUGUAUUUACCCAUUAUGCAUAUGCAUGUGUUUGUUUAGCUAAUUUGAAACUAAUAUUUAUUUCAGAGAUCGACGCCCAGUCUGUGCAUUCUAGUCUCAAGUCAGGUUACAAGUCGUCAACUUUAAACUUCAAGUCUUAAGCAAGUCAUUAGUGCUCUUUGCCCAAAUUAGUGUCAUAUUAUGAAUUAAUAAUUACACCCUCCACAGUUUUUUAGACUGUUGAGAAGACCCCUAUUUCAUUUUAAAUGAAUGAUCUGAUUGCCAUUACAGCAUCUGACAAGGUUAAACAGGGGACAAAUCACUUCCUGUAUUGAUUUGAUACGGGACGCAUCGUUAUAUCUUUAAAUACAGGACGAUUCUGUAUUUUACCUUCGUUAGUCUACAGUGCAUCUUUUAGCUGGUUUCAUUAAUGAGGCUUGUGAAAUAAUUCAUGCCAAAGCUUUAGUUGUAGUGCAUGAGCUCUGUGAAACUAAGUAGGCCUAGCUAGCUAACCCAGCUAAAAUGAUAAGUUAAAUGCUACUGAACCAUGGCGUGUAAGCUCUUUCUGUUGUUUAAGAAGCGUCUGUAAUUUUUAAACCACAGGUUCUACAUGUUGAAAUCCUUUUGUUGACUUUGAUAUUGUAUUCUUUAUAUCCAAAUAAAAUUACCUUUGGUUUAAUUUCGGAUGUGUCAUCCUUGAAUGCACAAUUUUCCAGCUUAGUCCUGUGGAAGAU